GCCACUUCGCACAGGAGGGUAAGGAGCUGGGGCCACGCUCUCCAAUUCCUGUCUUCUAGAUUCGAGGCAAAAUCUUUCCUGUGACAGUGUGUUUGCCAACAUGGCCCCCAAAAAGAAGACUGUCAAAAAGAACAAAGGAGAUAUCAAUGAGAUGACCAUAAUCGUAGAAGAUAGCCCCCUAAACAAAUUAAAUGCUUUGAAUGGGCUCCUAGAGGGAGGCAAUGGCCUUAACUGCAUUUCUUCUGAACUAACAGAUGCUUCUUACGGCCCCAAUCUCUUGGAAGGCUUAAGUAAAAUGAGGCAGGAGAACUUCCUUUGCGACUUAGUCAUUGGCACCAAAACCAAAUCUUUUGAUGUUCACAAGUCAGUGAUGGCUUCAUGCAGUGAAUACUUUUACAACAUCCUAAAAAAAGACCCAUCUACCCAAAGGGUGGAUCUCAAUGAUAUCUCACCACUAGGCCUGGCUACUGUCAUCGCAUAUGCCUACACCGGAAAGCUGACUCUCUCCUUGUACACGAUAGGAAGCAUUAUUUCUGCUGCUGUUUAUCUUCAGAUCCACACCCUUGUAAAGAUGUGCAGUGAUUUUCUGAUACGGGAGAUGAGUGUUGAGAAUUGCAUGUACAUUGCUAACAUUGCUGAAACAUACUCUUUGAAAAAUGCAAAAGCAGCAACCCAAAAAUUUAUCCGGGAUAACUUCCUUGAAUUUGCAGAAUCAGAUCAGUUUUUGAAACUUACCUUUGAGCAAAUUAAUGAACUUCUCAUAGAUGAUGACUUACAGUUGCCUUCCGAAAUAGUAGCAUUCCAGAUUGCAAUGAAGUGGUUAGAAUUUGACCAAAAGAGAGUGAGGUAUGCUGCAGAUCUCUUGAGCAAUAUUCGCUUUGGUACCAUUUCUGCACAAGACCUGGUCAACUAUGUUCAGUCUGUACCAAGAAUGAUGCAAGAUGCUGACUGCCACAAACUUCUCGUAGAUGCUAUGAACUACCACUUACUUCCAUAUCAUCAAAACACAUUGCAGUCUAGGCGCACGAGAAUCCGUGGGGGCUGUCGAGUCCUUGUCACUGUUGGGGGACGCCCAGGCCUCACUGAGAAGUCCCUUAGUAGAGACAUCUUGUACAGAGACCCUGAAAAUGGAUGGAGCAAGCUUACAGAAAUGCCAGCCAAGAGUUUUAAUCAGUGUGUGGCUGUGAUGGACGGAUUUCUUUACGUGGCCGGUGGCGAAGACCAGAAUGAUGCAAGAAAUCAAGCCAAGCACGCAGUCAGCAAUUUCUGCAGAUAUGAUCCCCGUUUCAACACCUGGAUACACCUGGCCAGCAUGAACCAGAAGCGCACGCACUUCAGCCUGAGCGUGUUCAACGGGCUCCUUUACGCCGUGGGCGGCCGCAAUACCGAAGGCAGUCUGGCCUCGCUGGAAUGCUACGUGCCCUCCACCAAUCAGUGGCAGCCGAAGACGCCCCUGGAGGUGGCGCGCUGCUGCCACGCCAGCGCGGUCACCGACGGCCGGGUGCUGGUGACCGGCGGGUACAUCGGCAGCGCGUACUCGCGCUCGGUGUGCGCGUACGACCCCGCCGGCGACUCGUGGCAGGAGCUGCCGGGCCUGAGCACGCCGCGGGGCUGGCACUGCGCGGUCACGCUGGGCGACAGAGUGUACGUGAUGGGGGGUAGCCAGCUGGGGGCGCGCGGGGAGCGCGUGGACGUGCUGACCGUGGAGUGCUACAGCCCCGCGACUGGCCAAUGGAGCUACGCGGCGCCGCUGCUGGUGGGCGUGAGCACGGCGGGCGCCUCGGCGCUGCACGGCCGCGCCUAUCUCGUGGGGGGCUGGAACGAGGGCGAGAAGAAAUACAAGAAGUGCAUCCAGUGCUUCAGCCCGGAGCUCAACGAGUGGAUGGAAGACGACGAGUUGCCCGAGGCCACCGUGGGCGUGUCCUGCUGCACCCUCUCGAUGCCCAACAGCGUGACCCGGGAAUCCCGAGCCAGCUCGGUGUCCUCCGUGCCAGUCAGUAUCUGAACCCAGUAGGAGACGCUGGCCUAUAGGAGCCCUCCCAAAAGAGGCACUGGACUCUGGCCCUCUCUUCCCUGGAUCUCUGAUGUCUCAUCCCAGAUGUGUGCUGUGUAAGGAGGUAAUAACAUUCUACAGAGUACAUAUCCAUAGAAGCAUAAGAAGCUCCUUAUUUCUAGCCACACUUCUCCAGAUGAUGUUUGUCCCGAUUCUACAAGGCAGAGAGGGUGACAUUUUCAACUUCUUUCUGGCACCAGCUCCCCUACAAGAAAAGAACACUAUUAAGAUGCUGGACUCCUCGGUGGCAGAUGAAAUGACCGGACUGACCUUGAAACUCUGGGAGAAGAAACUGGAGCAAGAGCCUAAGCAUGUGGAAGGGGAUUCUGAGGACCCCCACCUCAGGCCAGGAAAUGAGGGCAGGCCGGAGUGGAGUGCUCUGAGGAAGAGGAAAGAGUUUCCACAGAGCACCUUCCAGCACCUCCUGGAGGAGGUCUCCCAGGCCCAGGGGAACGGGUGUCAACAGAGGAGGAGCCCCCCCACCAUGGGCAUCUACCUGCGUCUCCCUGCCCCCACCAGUCCUGGAGCCACCAGGGAUUAUCCAACACUCUGUCCCCCAGCCUCUUGCCACCAUCACUAAACAGCUACCUCAGCAGCCACUCACCUCAUAGAUUCCCCUCUCCAGGUCUUCCCCACUCAAAGGUCAGGAAGUAUUAAGGAAGGUCUUCUGCCUCACUCAUCGAUUUCUAGGAAUUCCUUACCUAUUCUAACAUGGGCCUUUUUCAAUACGCAAAUUGCAAGUGUUAAGUCCUUUGGUGACCUGCCUUUCAGUCUCUUUGCGGUGUCUUUGGAUGAACACACGUCCUUAAUUUUAAUCAUUUUGUUUUUCAGGCUUUCCCCCACCCCAAAAAAAUAGAAUUUUAAGUUUGUUAUAAGUUUAAUGUAUCAGAUUUCUAAGAAUUAUUUAAACACUUGGAAAGGUUUAUUGGUCAAAAGAUUUUAAGGCUAAAGACCUAACCUGAAAUACAUUAAAUAUACAAAUGCAGUGUAAAGUAUUUGAAGAUAUUUGAUUAACAGAUCCAUAAAUAGAGCCAAAUAUUAGUCAAAGAGCCUUACAAGUGAUUGCAAAAAUGUGCUUGAUAUAUAAUAAAAUAAGAUUUGUAAGCUGAACUUCAAACUUUAAGGGUUUUGAAUGUGUAACUAUAAUAAAUUUAUUAUUAACUUCAAAAGCUUAAACAAGCCUCUGCAUAGUCCUUUCUGCACUUAAAACAGCCCUUAAAGUGUGCUGAAAAAUUAACACUUAACACUUUCA